CUAGACGGUGUUAGUGAGAUAAACAAAUUUUCGGAGUCUCUGUACUUGAUUCACCAAGACUCUUUCGAUUUAUCUAUUCGGCCGGGCAAGGUGCUGCCCGAGUUGUUAUCAGUUGGCGGUACUUGUGUGAAUUCGCGAUAAGUGAUUUGUCAAUGCAGUUCUUGUGAAGUUCUUCUGUGUCGUUUCGAUUGAUUGUGAAGAUUGAACCAGAUGCCACACCAUGGAGCACCGUGCUCGUAGAUUCCAACAGUAGCAGUCAUUCUCGUACCGGUCUCUAUCCCUACGCAACAGAUAAAUGAAAUCGUACGUGCCGUGCCGGAGAGCCGUCCAGUGCUGAACAAAAGUGCUAAAAAGUGAAAUUCAAAACAAACACCACAUUCGUACCACCACCGUCACCGUCAUCGUAGUCGUCAUCAUAAACACUAGCAGCAAACGAUAACAUUUCCAUUCAACAGGUGGCAAAAUGACGAAACAAUCAAUAGUGUCUGUGAUAUUAGCGUCUGUAGUGCUCCAGUUAGUGAUAGACGGUUACGGAUUCAAUCUAUCGCCACUGCCUAAUUAUGUGUUCAGAGAGCCGCAGCUGCAGUCCUUCAUGGAAAAGGUGCGUUCGUCGCUAUUCGGAUUUGCGCUCACGUUGAGGCCCGGAGGUGUUGUCGUGGGUGCCCCCCGAGCACAAUCGAACCUCCCGUCGCAGCGUAAAAUUAACGAAACUGGAGCAUUGUACAAAUGCCUGUACGCCAGCGGCGAAUGCAGCCCGUUCUAUGUCGAUCGCAAUGGAAACACCAACGAGGAAAAAGAAACGUUUGCUUACAGUUCGGAGAAAAAGGACUACCAAAUGCUCGGGGCAAGCAUGGACGGACACGGUUCCGACGGGGAUCGGUUCGUCGUUUGUGCACCGAAAAUAGUAACCGAGGUUCAGGACUACUAUCUGUUGCACGGAAUCUGCUACGACACGGAUGGAACCGAGAACAGUCAGCCCAAAACGGUGCGUCCGAUUUUUCCACUCAGGAUAAAGGAUAAACAACUUUUCAAGCACGCCGGUGCUACGCACUACAACUAUAUGUAUGGCGAGCAAGGUCUCAGCGUACACGUGGCCGAACACAGCGAAGAGAUUCUGAUCGGGUCGCCAGGUGUUUUCAAUUGGCGAGGCACAGUCAUUCGAUAUCGACGCUAUGUGGGUGAUAACAUCACCAUCAGCCGGCGUUCGGAGACUUCUCGGGGCCGUGAUAACGAACGAUCGAAACGGCAGAUUAUAAGCUACAUCAGUGACGUUCCGAGUCCCUACUACACCCAACUGGACGAUGAUUCGUACUUUGGCUAUGCAGUUAGCUCCGGGUUUUUCCAGGAUCCUAGUAAGCUGCUGUACGUUGCUAGUGCUCCUCGGAUGAAGCUGCAGACGGGUGAAGUGUACAUUUUUGACAUCGUUGAUGCAGAUGCUUUUCGUGAAACGCAAAUCAAAAUCCUGUACACCUUCCCGGGCCGACAGCAGGGAGAGUACUUUGGUUAUGCACUGCUUACGGAAGAUUUUAACGGUGAUGGACUACCGGAUUUGGCUGUUUCGGCUCCGAUGAACAGUAAAGAUUUUGAUUAUGAAAAUGGUGCUGUGUACAUCUUUCUCAACGAGGGUAAUCUUAACUUUGAACAUCAAACGACGUUAUCCAGUAGUUACGAGCUAAGCGGGCGAUUCGGAACAAGCUUGGCGAAAAUUGGGGAUAUCAACAUGGAUGGGUUUAACGAUAUCGCUAUCGGAGCACCUUUUGAGGACAAUGGUGCUGUUUACAUUUUCCUAGGAUCAUCGAAUGGAUUGCAAAUAACUCCGUCACAAAAGCUAGUUCCACCGGAGAACGGCCUUAUGGAUCCAUCGGCUCAGCCGAUGUUUGGGCACGCGAUUUCCCGUGGAGUCGACAUCGAUGCCAAUGGCUAUCCAGAUCUGGCGAUUGGAUCGCCGAAUUCCGAAACAGUGUACGUUUACCGGACCUACCCGGUGGUAUCGGUUACCAGCAGCGUGAGCUCUUCGAAACGGGAACUCUCGCCGGAGGACACCGCUUUCCAACUGACCGUGUGCUGGAGCUACCAAUCGGCGACCGCCAUUCAGCAUGAUAUUGGGUUUAACUACUUACUGAAGGUGGACGCACAGAAUGGACGAGCUCAGCUAAGCGACGGCAACAGCUUCCUGAAUGGGACGGGAAAAAUUAACAACGAUGACUUUUGUCAGGAAUUUGACGUUCGAGUGAAACCAUCGUUUGCUGACAUCUACAAACCCAUCUAUGUUGACUUCAGCUAUAACCUUUUGAGUCGUAUUCCGACAAACAGUGAAUUCUGCGAAAGUUGCGUUUUAAUGGAUCCAAAGUUGGGUAGUAGUGUAAGGGAAAAAAUUUCCUACAAGACAGGAUGCGCGGGAGAGACUUGCAUUGCCGAGUUGAAACUGGAUGCUGCUUGGGUGGAUCUCACUUCACCGUAUAUUAUCGGCAGCACUCGAACCGCAACGCUUCAGUACGAAGUACUUAACUCAGGAGAAAAUGCCUUUCUACCCCAACUAAAUGUAACCCUACCGUCUCAGCUGUCACUAGCCAAACUUCCUCCGCAGUGUAAACUAACAAAUCUGAACGACGGACUGAACGUUUUGUGCGAUCUAAACAACGGUUUACCGAUGCGAACUGGAUCGGCAACAAAAAUGUUACUCGUUUUGGACAUGACAAAGCUUGAAGGAAAAUCUUUCUCAUUCAUUGCAGAAGUGUUCAGUACCAGCGAAGAGACAAACCGUGAAGAUAACACACUAGAAACUACGGUAGCCCUUCAGGAGUUCAGUGAAAUCGAAGUUAUUGGCAAAGCGUCAACUACUGAAGUGACGCUAGAAACCCAAAGCGGUAAGAUCAACAUUACCUACCAGGUUCAGGUUGUAAACAACGGGCCGAGUAGCCUGCGUGACUUAACCUUUGCUUUGAAAGUACCGCUGGUUUACCAUAAACCAAGUUCCGCAGAUGUUUUGAAACUUAUCAAAUUUAACGACAUCCAAAUCAGUGGAUAUUACAACUACAAACACCUGGACUUUACCUGGACUCAAAACAACGUGAUUCUGAUCCCGAACGUUAAAGAGUUUUCUACUUCACCGCCAGAAGUCGAUAACUAUUACAAAGCUGGUCUUGACUUUGGCAUUCUAUCCGGAGAAUCCAGCCAAGACCCAAUGGGCGAUAAUCAAAAUUCGUUAAGCCGUCGAAGAAGAUCAUCGAACGGUGCUGCAUUUACCGACCUUCAAUUUAAUCGCUACACCAACCAGCUGACUCAGCAGUCACGAUCGCGCCGUAGCAUUUCGACCGUAAAUCCAGUCAUUCUAGCCGGACUUCCCGCUAACCGAACCUUAGCCUUUCACUGCGAGUCGGAGGCAAUGAUCGAGUGCGCAGAAGUGAGCGUCCAGAUUGCCAACUUUAAACCGGGAAAUAUUCCAAUCGUAAUUAACCUCCUCUUCCAGUUGGAUCUGGAUCAAGUGGAGCAGAGUUUUCUAGAGCGCGAAGAUAUUUUCGCACUCCAAAUUCUUUCCGAAUUGCAAACAUUUGAAGAUGGCGACGGUCUAGGAUUUAGUGUAGCGAAAAACAAUCCCUUCACGGUGGUGUACAGGUAUGCGACCGCCAGUACUCCGAUCUGGGUCUACAUCGUAUCAGUUAUCGGAGGAUUGCUGCUUCUGGUACUGAUUUCCUACGGACUUUAUAAGGCCGGAUUUUUCAAGCGAGCAAAGAAGGAGGAGAUCGAGAAAUUACAUCGAGAGAGUGUUAGGAUGAAUCAACCGGAAACCGAUGAUGAACACUAAAACAUCACACAACGUGUUCGCAAGAAGAGCUGGCAAACAAAAGCAAAAAACAGAGCAUGUGAGAAAAGGGAAGCAAUUUCCGAAUAAACCUAUUCCCUUUAAAACACACAGAACGUUACCAAAUAGCAUUUAGAUUUAGUGAAUCGACUGUAAUUCAAAAUAAGCCAUUGCGUGUAGAAUUUUCUACGAGUCUAUUUUCAUUGCGGAUUUUUUCCUCGGAACUUGCCAUAGACAUCUAGAGUUAAGUUCAUUAUUAUUUAUUAUGAAGAGG